AUGGGCUUCGGUCACGAGGAUCCAGAGACAGGCGCCGUCGUGGUGGAUGACGCUCUGCUUCAAGGCGGAAUUGUGUCUGUCUACUAUCUCGGCACACUUGUCGGCGCCCUCGUCGGUGGCAAGAUAGGAGAUCGAUUCGGCAGAAUCAAAGCCAUUGCCUUCGGCGCCGCAUGGGCCAUCCUUGGUGCAACACUUCAAUGUUCGGCCCAAAACCACGCCUGGAUGAUCUGCGCCCGUUUGAUCAACGGUUGGGGAACCGGCGUCCUUAACGCUAUUGUGCCCGUCUACGCCACUGAGACCGCUGAGCAUACCUCUCGCGGCCAGUUCGUCGCCAUUGAAUGUAAGUUCUUAGUCACUCUCAACAUCUUUGGUGUUGUCGUGGCCUACUGGCUCGAGUACGGCUGCUCAUUCUACAAGAAUGGCGAAUCUGAAUUCGUCUGGAGAUUUCCCGUCGCCUUCCAGAUCUGGAUGCUCCUACUCUUGCUCGGCGGCUGCUGGCUCUUCCCGGAAAGCCCCCGAUGGCUUACCAAAGUCGGUCGCGGAGACGAAGCUCGAUACAUUCUAGGCCGUCUUCGAGGCGAAGAGGGCGACGACACAGGCAAAGCCGAAGCCGAGUACCAGGAUAUCGUCAACGUGGUUCAGUUGGAGAAAGACACUGCCAGCGAACAGCACUAUUACAAGAUGUUGUUCGGAAUUGGCUCCGGCAAGCUGCACACUGGCCGCAGAGUGCAACUCGUUAUCUGGUUGCAGAUCAUGCAAGAGUGGAUCGGAAUCGCCGGUGUAACCUUGUAUUCGCCUACUAUCUUCAGGAUUGCUGGGAUUGCCAACAAAGACUCGCAAUGGAUCGCCGGACUGAACACGAUCACCUAUAUGCUCAGCACACUCAUUUGUGUCUUCACACUGGACCGAAUUGGGCGACGCUGGACGUUAUACUGGGGCAGCAUCAUGCAAGCCAUCACUCUUUUCUUGGCAGGCGGCCUGUCGAAGGUUGCCAAAGAUACGACAGGCUCCAUGUCGAAACAAUCUGGCAACGCCGCCGUGGCGAUGGUGUUUCUUUUCACGAUCACAUUCGGCGCCACCUGGCUAACCGUUCCCUGGCUUUACCCCGCCGAGAUCUUCCCACUCAACAUCCGCACCAAGGGCAACGCCUGGGGCGUCGUCGGCUGGAGCAUCGGUAACGGCUGGCUCACCCUGCUGUGCCCCGUCAUGUUCAACGCCAUCUCCGAAUACACGCUGUUCAUCUUCGCGGCCUGCAAUAUUUUGACCUUGCCGAUGGUCUACUGCCUCUACCCAGAGACGAACCAGCGCACGCUCGAAGAAAUGAACCUGCUGUUUGCGGCCGAUAGUCCCUGGGUAUGGGACGCAGAGAAGAACUAUCGUACUCUCGUGGAGGAGAAUCCGGAUCUUGUGCAGGCGGCUCGACGUGGCAGCAUGGCCGCGGGCGAUCUGGAGCGACAGUUGCGUGAGGGAAGCACAGCGGGGGCUUCGGGCAGGAAGUUCAGUCUUGCCACGGGUAAUGAGCGCCGCACGAGCCAGGCCGGGACUGAGGUCGAGUAUCACGAGAAGUCUGGCAAAGACUUGUAA